CUUUUCUAAUCAAGAAAGCAAUACUUUAAUGGUUCAAAAGUGCUAAUGGUUUUUGACUUUUUUAACAUAACAUAUUAAUUAAUCAAAAUCAAAUAUUUAAUAAGCAUCUAUAAUGUAUGUGAUCCAUCCAUGUAUGGGACAAUAAGUUUUUAUAUAAUUUAGUACACCAUAAAACACAUGACAUUUAGUGUUCUUUAGUAGCUAUGUGAUUAAAACUCUACAAGUAUUCUUAAUUUGUCAAAUCAUCAUUCUUCCAUAUGCAAGUUUUUUUUAAAAUAAAACUUCUUUUCCUUUUAGCUUUGAGUCUUCAACAAUUCAUAAAAUCAACUCAUAUCCACAUAUUUCUUCUAACCAUAAUUUUAAAACUUCCCUUUGCUCAUUUUAUAGUUAUAAUCAAUUUUUCUUUUUCUUCAUAAGAAUUCUCUUCUAGAGCUUAAUGAUGGUAGUGUCUCAUACAUCUCAUUGGCAUACUUUUACACUACAACUUUUGCUCCCACUCAUACUUAUUCUUCUUCUAAGUAGUACGAGCCUUAAUGCAACGAGUAUUGAUAAUAGUUCGACCAAACACAAACACAGACGAGAGGUAAUUGUUGCACAUCAUGGAGCUGUUGCCACUGAUCAUGGCCGAUGUUCCCGAAUUGGAACUCAAGUUCUACGCGAGGGAGGCCAUGUUGUGGAUGCUGCGGUGGCUGCUGCUCUGUGUUUGGGGGUGGUGAGUCCGGCUUCAAGUGGCAUUGGUGGAGGAGCUUUCAUGAAUUUAAGGCUAGCCACUGGAAAGGCACAAGUGUAUGAUAUGAGAGAAACUGCUCCCAUGCUUGCUUCUGAGGACAUGUAUGCUGGCAAUGAAACUCUUAAAGCUAAAGGUGGUCUCUCCAUAGCAGUUCCAGGAGAGCUUGCAGGGCUUUAUAAGGCGUGGAAACAAUAUGGGAAGCUUCCAUGGGCGAGGCUCGUAAGGCCAGCUGAGCGCCUUGCUCGAUUGGGAUUCAAGGUGUCAUUGUAUCUUGAAAUGCAGUUGAUUGCAUCAAAAUCAGAUAUCUUUGAAGAUAAAGGACUUCAGAGUGUUUUUACAUCAAAUGGUAAUCUCUUGAAGGCAGGUGAUAUUUGCCGUAAUAAGAAACUAGCUCAAACACUAAGAAAGAUUGCAGAUUUUGGCAUAGAGGCCUUUUAUAAUGGAUCAAUAGGAUUAAAUCUAGUUAGAGAUAUUCAAAAGGCUGGAGGGAUAGUGAAAAUGAAAGACUUGCAAAGUUAUCAAGUUAAGGUGAAAAGGCCAAUUUCUGUUGAUGUUAUGGGGACCAAAUUACUUGCCAUGCCUCCUCCUUCUGGGGGUCCUCCAAUGAUACUAAUGCUGAACAUUCUUUCCCAAUAUGGAUUUCCUUCUGGAAUCUCUGGCUCUCUUGGGGUCCAUAGAGAAAUUGAAGCUCUAAAACAUACAUUUGCUGUGAGAAUGAACAUGGGUGAUCCAGACUUUGUUAAUGUGUCUAGUGUUAUAUCUGAUAUGCUUUCUCCUAAGUUUGCUGCAAAACUAAGGAAAGACAUAAAUGACAACAGAACUUUUAAUCCUAACCAUUAUGGUGGCAAGUGGAAUCAGAUCCAUGAUCAUGGUACCAGUCAUCUAUCUAUCAUUGAUUAUCAAAGAAAUGCAAUCUCAAUGACUACCACAGUGAAUGCAUAUUUUGGCUCAAAAAUACUAUCACCAAGUACAGGAAUAAUCUUAAACAAUGAAAUGGAUGAUUUCUCCAUCCCAACAAAUGUCACUAAAGGUGUCCGACCACCCGCUCCGGCUAAUUUUAUCAGGCCAGGAAAAAGACCCUUGUCAUCCAUGUCACCUACUAUAAUUGUAAAGGAUAAUAAACUUAAAGCAGCAUUAGGUGCCAGUGGUGGAGCCUUUAUAUUUGCAGCAGUUGGUGAGGUUCUUUUGAAUCAUUUUGUCAAGAGAAUGAACCCUCUGUCCUCUGUCAUGGCUCCAAGGAUCUAUCAUCAGCUGAUACCCAAUGUUGUUAGCUAUGAGAAUUGGACAACUGUGAUUGGAGACCACUUUGAAGUUCCUGCAAAUAUAAGAGAAGCCCUUAAGAAGAAGGGUCAUGUCUUACAAGGCCUUGGUGGUGGGACUAUCUGCCAGCUCAUAGCUCAAGAUCUUGGAAAGCUUGUGGCAGUGAGUGAUCCCAGAAAGGGUGGGAUUCCUGCUGCUUUUUGAGAUUGUAGACAGUGGCAUAAUAUGGUAUUGAAACCGAUUGUUUGGGUCAAGUUUCAUAGUAUGCUAAAAUCAAUAAUCUUUUCCUCAAUUUCAUUACUUCACUAGUUAUAAUGUAAUCAUAGUAACUUUAUUAUAACUUGAUAACUAAAGAUAAUAAAUUAUAUAGAAAUUUUCAAAUAC